GGCUAAUUGCUUUCUUACAUUACUAUUACGAUACAUGAUCAAAGUUCACAUUCUGUAGUCGGCACUUUUCUUUGUCUACUGUUUUGCCAUGAAGAACAAAUUUUUUAUCCUCGUAAUCUUAUUCCAAACCGUCGACUUAGCUUUAUCGACCCCCAAAAAAUAUGAGUCAAUUUUCAACUUCGGUGACUCCCUAAGCGACACUGGCAAUUUACUUCUCUCCGGUGCCCUUGUAUUUCCAGUCAUCGGGCAGCUACCUUACGGUGAAACCUUCUUUCAACACGCAACGGGGCGGUGCUCUGACGGACGUCUUAUUAUCGACUUCAUUGCUGAGGCAUUCAGUUUGCCUUAUUUGCAACCUUACCUAGCAGUAAAACAAGGCCAGAGUUCUCAACAUGGAGUCAACUUCGCAUUCUCCGGAGCUACUGCACUUGAUGCUGAGUUUUUCUUCCAACGAAACAUGGGAUCGAUUUUGUGGACUAAUAAUUCUUUGAAUGUUCAGCUUGGUUGGUUCAGGAAGCUCAAGUCCGACCUUUGCUCCGAUAACGAAUCUUGUGAUGAUUUCUUUAAGAAAUCACUUUUUCUGGUGGGAGAGAUCGGUGGAAAUGAUUAUAAUUACGCCUUUUUUCUUGGUGGAAGCAUUAAACAGCUUCAAUCCAUGGUCCCUUCAGUUGUUGGAGCAAUUGCUAAUGCAACCAGUGCAUUGAUAGAGGAAGGCGCAGUGGAGUUGAUGGUUCCAGGGAAUUUUCCUAUCGGUUGCUCAGCUGUUUACUUGACAUUGUUUGAAAGCCCUAAAAAGGAAGAUUAUGACCGUCAUGGUUGCUUGAAGGCAUUUAAUGGUUUCGCGAAGUAUCAUAAUAAUCAGCUUAAACAAGCCCUGGAUACCUUGAGACAAAAGUAUCCCCAUGCCAGGAUUUUUUACGCUGAUUACUACGGUGCCGCCAUGCGUUACGUUCAUGCCCCACUACAUCACGGGUUUUAUGGUGGGACUCUAAAAGCAUGCUGUGGAGGGGGUGGGCCAUAUAAUUUCAAUAUCUCAGCAAGGUGUGGUCAUCCUGGAUCUGAAGCAUGUAAAGAUCCUUCCGUUUAUUCAAAUUGGGAUGGAAUUCAUCUAACUGAAGCAGCCUAUCGCCAUAUAGCCUUGGCUUUGAUCAAUGGCUCCUGUUCCCUUCCACCCCUCAUAUCCUCUCCUCUUUCAGAUUGAAUAACCCCCCUAACAUGAACAGUCAAUCAAGGGUCUCAUUUAGAUGUUCAUUAGAGAUCCAGGACCAAUGAUACAUGUAUGCAUUGACUGUACUUGAAGGUUUUAUUUGCUUUAUAAAUUUAGCCUCAUGAUUUUGAAAAUAAUGAGAAUUAAUCUACUAAUUAA